GAAAAGAAGGGGAAGAAGGAGAAGACGGUGAAGCGGGAACCGUACGACUUCUCGGCUCACAUCUACUUCGACGACGCCUUCGAGAGGAAGGGAGAUCACAUGGUGCUCAACCAGUUCGUGACCAGCCUCAUGGACGUCAUCGCCGAAGUGUGCCGGUAUUUUGAGAAAAACUCAAAUCAUCCACAAGAGGCGCCCUCAAUGGAGAGGACUCAGACGCCGUACGGAGCGCGACUCUCCUACAAACUCCCGCACGGCAACUCGCUGUGCGUACACCUCAAGGACAAGGAGAUGAUCCGCCACCGCAAGCGCUGGUCGCAGGUGAUGUACUUGUACUACCUCCUUGGCUGGAAGAUCUACCGCAAGAUCCACACAGUGAAGAAAGAUAAACAAGAGGAAUGGGUGGAGAGAAAGAAGCGCAACACCUACGUGCUGGCCUUGGAUGGCGACACGGACUUCUACCCCUCGGCACUCUCCAUGUUGGUCGACCGACUCAGGAGGGACCCCACCGUUGGCGCCGCUUGUGGGAGAAUUCACCCGACGGGCGUGGGGCCGCUCAUCUGGUACCAGAAGUUCGAGUACGCGGUAGGCCACUGGCUGCAGAAGACGGCCGAGCACGUGCUGGGCUGCGUUCUCUGCAGCCCUGGCUGCUUCAGCCUAUUCCGGGCCAAGGCCAUCAUGGACGACAACGUCCUCAAGACCUACACCACGGUGGCCACCGAGGCCCUGCAGUACAUCCAGUACGACCAAGGCGAGGACCGCUGGCUGUGCACGCUGAUGCUGCAGCAGGGCUGGCGCGUCGAGUAUUGCGCCGGAUCAGACGCCUACACCAACGCCCCGCAGGAAUUCAAGGAGUUCUUCAACCAGCGGAGGCGGUGGGGCCCCUCCACGAUGGCGAACACCUUCAGCAUCCUGGAAAACGGCGUCCGCACGGCCAAGAAGAACCCGUCCAUCUCUCGGCUCUACAUUCUCUACCAGAUCAUCUACACGGCCACCUCCAUCAUGGGCCCGGCCACUGUCUGUCUCAUGAUUGCAGGUUGCUUCACUUUCGUUUUCAAAAUGGACCAAAACUGGGCACUCCUCAUCGCCAUCAUUCCGCCCGCUCUGUACACUGCCGUCUGCUUCAAGACAAAGCCCGACACGCAGAUCAAGGUGGCCAUGGUGCUCACCGUUGUCUACAUGUUCCUCAUGACGGGCACGCUGCUCGCUAUGGUCGGCGACAUUGUAUUGGACGGCAUGUUCACGCCCAGCGGCAUCUUCUUAAUCACGCUCGUGGCCAUACACGUCAUAGCCGCGGCGCUGCACCCUCGUGAGUUCUCCUGCAUCGUGCACGGAUUCUUGUACCUCAUCUGCAUCCCCACGGGAUACCUGCUGCUGCUCAUCUACUCGCUGGUCAACAUGUACAACGUGUCGUGGGGCACACGCGAGACCAAGGCGCCUUCUGAGCCCGCCCCAAAGGAGUCGUACCGUGGCUCGCAUGAGAAUGCAGUACGACAAUUGUGGACGCUAUCUGUUCCAUCUGUAUUGGACGGAAUGUUUCUCCCUCACAUUUUUGGGUUUUCUCCAUGGUGCUCUGGUUUCUGCUUACCAGUAGACACAAUGAUUGCCAAUAAAACCUUCAUACAUGGAGGACCGCAGAGGUCAGACAGUUAUUGCCGCUGGUUCACCAACAGCUGCAGCUACUGUACCUUACAGUUUGUUUGCAAUUUCUGCUGGAUUGAUAUCGCUGAAGGACCUUACCAACACAAUGCCCAUCCCCCCUCCCAGAAGAAGAAGAAACGAAUGCAUCGUUGCAAUGGUGCGAAAUGCUGUGUGCUGCCACUCGAAUGGGACUGCUUCCAGUGGAGGAUCAGCGUCUAUCCGCAGGAAUACGCGGCGAUGAGUCAGGAGGAUGACACUUCAAGCCAAGUGGAGUCGUGCGCGAUGGAACUCGAAGGAGAGACGACGCUACGUCCACUCGAGGCGAGACAACAGGACACCACCAGCACUCAGAUGGAGCAUCUAGAAGGAGCAGAGAGCGAAAGUCGACCUCCAGAUGAAUCAGACACGGACCUCGCCCUUCAAGCCAAAAGGUGCCAUGACCUCGUGUGGCAGCGCCACCACAAGAUGCAGGUCAUGUUUGAGAACGUCCUUCCUCAGGGUUACGCUAUCACGCAGAGGUGCUCCCUCGAUGAGGAGGAAGACGAGUUCUGGAAGAGCAUGAUCAGCGACUACCUCAAGCCUCUGGAGGAAGACAACGAUCACAAGAAACGUGUGAAUCAGGAACUCUUCGAGAUAAGAAACAAGGGCACGUUCAUCUACUUCAUGAUCAACGCGCUGUGGGUGGUGGCGACCCUGGCGCUGCAGUUCGUGGGAGCUGACCUCUACAUCGUGAUCCCGAGCAUGAAGAAAGAGGGGACAGUCAUCAAAGUGCCGCCCCUCGCCUUCAUGUUCCUCAUCACCUCCGCCAGCAUGCUCGUUAUCCAGUUCCUGGCCAUGCUGUACCACAGGUUGUUCACGCUGAUGCACGUGCUCUCCUAUGUGGAGUCGUCGUCAUCGUCGUCAUCGUCGUCGCGGCAGCAAUCGAGGAGCGGUGCUGUGGGCCGAGACAAUGAAGCGUUCGUCAGUGAAGGAGACGGUGAUGAUGACACUCAGCAGUGCCGCCUCAGAGAGAUUGUCUAACAGAUCCCUGGACCCUUACUCGCACACUGUACGUGGACCCACACACGUCGUGGUUGGUCAAUGACGGUGCGGUCGAUGAAGGUGCAGCCCUGCAAGAUUCUUCCCUUGUUGCCACCACUGGAUGACGGGCCUCUUGCUACAUGGAGCUCGAGAGAGAGCCCCUCUCGAGUGGUGUCUUUGGCCUACUCUUCCAUGCUGGGCACAGACGUCUUGAAAGACGAGGGAGUUACCCAUGCUUUACAUCCACACAGCACGCGACCUGCUGAUCGACCAACUGUGCUGUGUCCAUUUACGUGGCUGAGUGGACAGAGGUGGCGAGAUUUAAGACGCUUGCAGCAACAUGGGACAUUUCAGUGUCACUUCAACUUCAGCGGCACCACAAGUGCAGGGCCGUGUUAAUUGCAGCAUAGCAGCCUCUCAUUACAAUGGAAUUCAGUCAAAAGAGCUACUGUUCAACAAUGGUGGACAUCUCUCGUAACAUGGGUUGAAGUAAAUGUAGGGGCUUUGAAGCUGCUCCUGGCCACAUACAGGGAGUGAAGAUGCAUGCGCAGCUAGGAGUAGGGAAUUCAGGUUUUGAGAAUGAGCGACAUCCCCGCUGAGCGGAGAUUGACUGGAGGCUUCAGCAUGAGGACUUUGCUGCUAGAGCAGAGAGAGUGCAGAUGGAAGGGGAGAGGGAGGUAAAUAAUGGUUAAGUCCCUAGAAGAGUGUGAAGAGUAUCAGUGAGACCUUGAGGUUGACUUCGGAUAGGGUGGGGAGCCAGUUGAGGGAUUAGUGAUGUGGGCUCGUUUAUGCGUGAGGUGGAGAUGUCUUAGGAGGCAUCAGCAACCAUUGCCAGCGACGAUUAUUUUAUUUUCAAUGUAUAAAAGUGCGAGUGGUAUUCUCCAAUAGAAAUUGAUAUCCGAUACAUAAUGCAUGUGGUCAUUUAUUUGCUCACAAUUAUGUUUCCAGUUCGACAAAGGUUUGAUUCUCAUCAGAUAAAGACGGCGCUUCUAUGUAGCAGUGAUCAGAUGAAGGAAACGUCAUGUUCUUGUAUGUAUGUAUGUUGAACAUAUUUUGCACCGCACUUAGCCAACCAUGCUAAUUGGGGAUGUAAACAUCACGCACACCUAGACUGGUCCGUUAACCAUAGUAGUCAAUGCAAUAACAUUUGUAUGCCUGAUUAAUUUAAAUGGUUAGCAACCAACAUGGGAAAUCUUGUUUUUAGAAAGGUUUCUCUACCAGACAACACUAAACAAGAUCCUCCGUUUAGAUUUAAUAGACUUAUCGGGCUGUUAGUGAGCACCUAUAAUGGCCGGCAUGACACACAGGGAGGUGGGUGGCCAGCACCAAG